AUGGCCCUGGCCCUGGCCAACAACCCACAGGAGGCAUUGCUUUCGGCCUUGAGAGACCUGGACGAAAAUGACUUCAAGAUAUUAAAGUACCACUUACGGAACAGAACCCUGCUGCCCCGAGGGGAGCUGGAGGGCCUGAAUCCCGUGGACCUGGCUUCUCGGCUGGUUUUGAUGCACGGAGCGCGGGACGCUGUGAAAGUGGUGUGCCAGGUGCUGGAGGGCAUGAAGCUGUUAGAGCUCGUGCACCAGCUCAGCCACAUCUGUCUAAACGAUUACAGGGACACAUACCGGGAGUACGUGCGCAGCCUGGAGGAGUGGCAGGAGGAGGGAGUGAGCCGCAGCUACACCCCGCUGCUGCUGGUGGCCGCUGCCAGCCCGGGGAGCCCCGAGGCGGAUCAGGAGCCUGACCGCGUCACGGUGGAGGCUCUGUUUGAUCAGGGCCAGACGCCCGGCCCAGGCCCGGCAGCCACGGUGGUGCUGCAGGGGUCCGCCGGCACCGGCAAGACGACGCUGGCACGAAAGAUAGUGCUGGACUGGGCUUCGGACGCGCUGUACCGGGGCCGGUUCGACUACGUCUUCUACGUGGGCUGCAGGGAGGUGGGCCUGCUGCCGGAGGCCACGCUGGACCAGCUCCUGCGGUGGUGCUGCGGGGACGGCAGGGCGCCCGUGGCGGAGAUCCGGAGGCAGCCCGAGCGGCUGCUGUUCAUCCUGGACGGCUACGACGAGCUGCAGAGGCCCGUGGCCUGGGGGCUGCAGCGGCCCGGGCCCAGCCCCGCGCAGGAUCUGCUGCAGCGGCUCAUCCGGAGGGAGGUCCUGCCCGCCUGCUCCCUGCUCAUCACCACGCGGCCGCUGGCCCUGCGCAACCUGCAGGCCCUGCUCAGGCAGCCGCGCCACGUGCACGUCCGGGGCUUCUCGGAGGCAGAGAGGGAGCGGUACGUCCAGGCCUAUUUCGCGGACCGGGAGCAAGCCCAGAAGGCCUUGGACUUCGUCCGUGGGAACGACGUGCUCUACCAAGCGUGCCAGGUGCCGGGCCUCUGCUGGGUGGUGUGCUCCUGGCUGAAGGGCCGGAUGGAGAGGGGCGGGGAGGUCUCCGAGACGCCCAGCAGCGGCACCGACAUCUUCAUGGCCUACGUGUCCACCUUCCUGCCGCCCUGUGACAGCGACGGGGCCUCCUCCGAGCUCACCCGAGAUGGGGUCCUGCGGGGCCUGUGCUCCCUGGCAGCUGAGGGGAUCCAGCACCAGAGGUUCCUGUUCGAGGAAGCUGACCUCAGGAAGCACGGGCUGGACGGGCCCAGCCUGGCUGCGUUCCUGAGCAGCCACGACUACCAGGAGGGGCUGGACAUCAAGAGGUUCUACAGCUUCCGCCACAUCAGCUUCCAGGAGUUCUUCCACGCCAUGUCCUACCUGGUGAGAGAGGACCAGAGCCCGCGGGGGGAGGAGUCCCUCCGGGAGGUGAACAGGCUGCUGGGCGACCCGGCGCAGGCAGAGGGGGAGCCGGUGACCCUCAGCAUGCAGUUCCUGUUGGACAUCUCCAAAAAGGAGAGCUCCUCCAACUUGGAGCUCACGUUCUGCUUCAAGAUCUCCCCCUCCUUAAAGCAGGACCUGAGGAACUUCAAAGAGCAGAUGACCUCUCUGAGGCAUCACAGGGCCUGGGAGUGGGACUUCUUCCUGAACGAGGCCAAGAUGAAGAGUCUGGCAAACUGUGUUCAGAUGAGCCAUGUGGCGCUGAAGGUGGAGCAUUCCAAUGAAAAGAAAGCCACAAGCAGGAGCUCGUUUUCUGUCAGAACCAGCUUGAACAAUGACAAGAAAGAGGAGCAGAAAUGUCUGGAUGUGGACCAAGGGAAUGCAGCCGGGACACAACGGCAGGCUGCUCCUGGGAAAGGCAGAGGGAAGAGGAAAUAG